AUGAAACGGAAACUUGCAGCCAUCCAACGACCGUUUCUACUAGCCAUAUCGGGAGCCUAUAGAACUACCUCAACAGCAGCCUUACAAAUAAUUUUGGGAAUCCCCCCUCUGCACCUCCAACUACAAAGAGAGGCAAAGGGCAUCUCGUUAUAUAGGCUCAAAAACCCGACCAACAACUGCGACCUUCAAAUUAGCGAACUAGAAAUAGACUGUAAGAUUUCAGGCUGGACUUCUCAUCCCUCGGUACACCUAGAAGAUCACCAGAUUUCACUUGACGACGGAGGCUUGAGAUCGGACCCGAAUGGAAUUUACACAGAUGGAUCGAAGACGGACAAGGGAGUAGGAGCAGCGUACUGUGUCUUCAACAAUGGAGUAACUACAACAACUUGGGCAACAAAACUGGCCCACCACAAUACAGUAUUUCAAGCUGAGAUCCUGGCCCUAUACAAGGCCGCAGAAUUCCUGAAGUCCACAUCAGCAACAUCUACCAUCUACGUCGACAAUAGGGCCAGCAUCUUAGCAGCAAAAAAUCCAAAAUCCAAUAACAAAUGUGCCAGGAAAAUCUUUGCAAUACUUUCUACAAAUGCAAACAUAAAGAUAUCCUGGAUUAAAGCCCACGCCGGAUAUGCAGGUAAUGAGAAAGCGGAUAGACUUGCCAAACAAGCUGCUGAUACAGACAGCCCUAUUCAGCCCGAACCAUACCCAAUUUCAUUCAUAAAGUCCAGUCUAAGGCGAAACAUGUUGGAAAAGUGGCAAACGGAAUGGGACAAUGGCGAAACUGGAAGACUCAUCUACCAGCUUCUUCCAAAAGCCACUCAACAAAUUACGCCCUGGAGAAGGGAAGAAAUUCUCUUCUUCACAGGCCAUGGCCCAUUUCCCACCUACUUAAAAAGGUUCAAUUUAGCAGACGAACCUUACUGCACCUGCAGCGAAGUGGGGUCACCACUCCACUACGCAACAGAAUGCAUUUUAACUACAUCUUAUCACCUAACGAAACCAUCAGCUAACCUUCAACAGGUCUGGUUCUCCAGGGUAGCAGAUAACUCUCUCAGCAGGGCCAAGAUCAGAAAAAUGGUUCAAUUCCUGCAUGAAGAGUCACAGCUGUUCAGAUACUGA